CCUUGUCUGUUUACACUCAAAACGUUGGUUGGGUCCUCCCGCGAGUUUUAACCAGCGAAAUCACAGCUUAACCUCUUGAGCUCUCUAUCUCUCCUUCUCUUUAGCCAUUUCUCUCUCAUUCUUGCGUUAAUUAUUCCUCCGUUUAAAUGUUUCUUCGUCUCCAUUUUAUAAACCAGUUUGCAUUUCCUAAUUUGGAUAUGCCAAUAUUAGGAUAUUGUGUAAUGUGUGUUAAUUUCAUUCUAUAUAGAUUUUAAUCCAAAAUCGAAACUGGGGUUCUGGAUUUUUCAUUCAAAUCCUGACGUGGGUAUAUCUUAUUCUUGGAAUCUUGUUUUGUUUAGAUAUUUUGAAUUGCUCAUCUUUUCCAGUUUAUGUGGGAAUAGAGGGACACGGUAAAUUUGUUUGUCGAUUUGAGCAUUUAGCGAAUUCGUUGCUUCAAGAAUGGGAAGGGUCAAGUUAAAGAUCCAGAGAUUGGAGAGCAUGACCAGCCGGAACGGUACCUAUGGCAAGCGUAGGGCUGGAAUUUUAAAGAAAGCUCAGGAAAUAUCAGUGUUAUGUGACAUUGACAUUAUUCUCCUUAUGUUUUCUCCGACUGGAAAACCUUCAAUUUUUCGUGGACAACACAGCAACCUUGAUGAGAUGAUUGCUAAAUAUGCACAACUAUCUCCAACAGAAAGGACCAAAAGGAGGUUGGAGAGUCUCGAAACUUUAAAGAGAAACUUUAAGAAGCUCGAUCAAGAUGUGGAUAUUGAAGAGUUUAUGGCUGCAAGUUCUCCCUCAAUUGAGGAAAUGCUCAACCAGGCAAAGAUACUGCAAGCGCAACUUACAGAAGUCCAGAAAAGACUUGGCUUCUGGACUAAUCCCGACAAAAUCGAAGACAUUGAACAUCUCUGUCAGAUGGAAAAUUCACUUAGGGAAUCACUCAAUAGAAUUCACAUGCAAAAGAGUUCGUUUCAGCUGGAAAACUUAGGGAAUGACCAACUUAUGCCGUUAGAUUGCACCAGCCAGGCCGAAUAUGGGAUGCAUUUUCCCAUGAUUAAUGGUGGUGAUCAGGAUGGCCAAACACAGACGUGGUUUCCAAAUGUUGAGAGGCAACAUAUGAUGCUACCAGACGAACCCAAUUUUUUGUCUUGUAGAGAUAUGGGGUGCUCCAUAGAUACAUCCCUUCCAAGCUCUUCGGGUUUAUUUGGUGUCAAGAAAGAAGCAGACCUUGCCAAUUCAAAACUCGUGGAUAUUGGAAGACAAGACACGAUUACCAUUAAUGAUUAUACCAAUAGUUCUUCUCACAUGAGACUACCUCUAGGCGAGCAAUAUUCCUACCAUUCAUACGGGAAUUUAAAUGUACCAGAAUUGAUGGAGCCUGAAAGAGAGGUGAAUUUUCAAGCCAGUACCUUUGAUUAUCAAAUUAAGCCUGAAAGAGAGGUGAAUUUUCAAGCGAGUUCCAUGGAUUAUCAAAUUAAUGGCAAUUUUGAACUACCAAGAUCCAUUUACAACGAUUUCCAACAUAAUUUGGUAUCGGCACCUGGCCCUUCUGUCCUGUCUAACCUUAAUGAUCACUCCUAUCAACAACAGCCACUAAACCGCUUGAACAACUAGCUGAAAGUUGCUUCAAGUUUUCAGUUCUAAAUUGGAUUUAUAGAGCAGCUCCAGACAAUGGCUCUGUGGCUCAUUCAAUCGUUUCAGAUUACUAAGACAUUUGCCAUAGACUAAACACAUCACCAGAAAAUAAGAGCUUUCUUCAUAUAAACAGGCAUUAUUCUCUUGCCGUUUUCCUUUAUGCGAGUUUUUGUUCAGCCAUCACUCAAGGUUGUACCGAGCCCAAGCCGGAGGAAGGUUUGUGUGUGUUGUGAAACUUGCUUGGCUUUCUACUUGUUCAUGGGAAUUUGUUUAUAUUUGUGAAUAAUUUAGAGAAGACUAUAUGCCAUUUUAGUUCCCUGUACAUUGAAGGCUCGUUGUUUACAAAUUCAGAUCAAAUCAAGGUCGAAACAAUUCACUCAAGAUUAAACAUAAGAAAGAUGAUCUUUCAUUUCAUUUCA